GGGACACCCCAACGCCAGGGAUCGGCCUCUCGGGGCUCCUCUUUCCUCCUCCAUCAUCCAUUGCCAUUCCCAAAGGAGAGCUGGAAGAGCCUGGGGACCUCGAGGAGCUCGAGGCAUUAGAGGAGGAGGAGGAGGUGGUGGAAGACGAGGCCAUGGGGAGCGGGGCCAGUGCCGAGGACAAGGAGAUGGCCAAGAGGUCCAAGGAGCUGGAGAAGAAGCUCCAGGAGGACGCGGAUAAGGAGGCCAAGACAGUCAAGUUGCUCCUGUUGGGGGCUGGUGAAUCAGGCAAGAGCACCAUCGUGAAGCAGAUGAAGAUCAUCCACCAGGAUGGUUACUCGCCCGAGGAGUGCAUGGAGUUCAAGGCCAUCAUCUACGGCAAUAUCCUGCAGUCCAUCCUGGCCAUCAUCCGCGCCAUGUCCACGCUGGGCAUCGACUACGCCGAGUCAUCCCGUGCGGACGAUGGGCGGCAGCUCUUCAACCUGGCUGACUCCAUCGAGGAGGGCACGAUGCCCCCCGAGCUGGUGGACUGCAUCAAGAAGCUGUGGAAGGACGGGGGGGUCCAGGCUUGCUUCGACCGCGCUGCCGAGUACCAGCUCAACGACUCGGCCGCGUAUUACCUGAACCAACUGGACAGGAUCACAGCCCCCGACUACCUGCCCAACGAGCAGGACGUGCUGAGGUCCAGGGUGAAGACCACGGGCAUCAUCGAGACCAAGUUCUCCGUGAAAGACCUCAAUUUCAGGAUGUUCGACGUGGGAGGGCAGAGAUCGGAGCGCAAGAAGUGGAUCCACUGCUUCGAGGGGGUGACCUGCAUCAUCUUCUGCGGGGCGCUGAGCGCCUAUGACAUGGUGCUGGUGGAAGACGAUGAAGUGAACCGCAUGCAUGAGUCCCUGCACCUCUUCAACAGUAUAUGCAACCACAAGUUCUUCGCCGCCACGUCCAUCAUCCUGUUCCUCAACAAGAAGGACCUUUUUGAGGUGAAGAUCAAGAAGGUCCAUCUCAGCAUCUGCUUCCCCGAAUACGACGGUCCCAACACGUUUGAGGACGCAGGGAAUUACAUCAAGACCCAGUUCCUGGAUCUCAACAUGCGGAAGGACGUGAAGGAGAUCUACAGCCACAUGACCUGUGCCACAGACACACAGAACGUCAAGUUCGUCUUCGACGCUGUCACGGAUGUCAUCAUCAAGGAGAACCUCAAGGACUGUGGCCUCUUCUGAGCAGCAGGUGGCAGAAGAGGACAGGACUCCCAUCCCCAUCGCCGUUCUGCUGAGCAGAGCCAAAAGGAUUAACCAAAAUAUAUAUAUACGAGUUCCUUGGAGCCCACUUUUUCUACGUCCUGCCCAACCAAGUCACCUCCCUUCCAGCCCAGGACAGGACGGGGCUAAAGCUGAACCUCCUGCUCCCUUUUGUGGCCAUUUCCUCUUUUUCCUUGUUGGUUUCAGGAGGCCAGGUUGGA